UCUUGCCCUUUUUCUUGAACCUCAUGCUAAUAAGACUCAAAACCUGCUCAGUUUCCCUUCUCUUCUCCCUCCCGCCUCUCCGCACACUGCAAUUUAACUUAACAUCCACUGUCACUGUCACUGUCACUGUCACCGUCACCGUCACUUUCGGCGGAACUCCGGAAAAAAUCAACCGUAGACAAUGGCGGUUGAGCCACUAAGCGAUAGAGUGAGUCAACUCAUUAAGGAUGUUACCUUUGAGCUUUCAACUUCAACAACUCAAUUCAUUGAUAAAACUAUUUCUUCCAUUAAAAAUGUCAUCUCCAAUAUUCCUGAAGAUUUCCAGGUUACUGCUGAUGAGGCCCCUGGAUUUGUGAGAGAUGUAGGUGCAGAUAAAGUGGAUUUUAAAUUCAAAAAGCCUAAAUUGUUUCAAAUUGGUGGAAGUUAUUCAAUUAAUUGUAUUGUGAAGCCUGAUAUUAUUGUUGAUCUUCUAAUGCGCUUACCUAAGGAUUGCUUUCAUGAGAAAGACUAUUUAAAUCACCGCUAUCAUGCGAAAAGGUUCCUGUAUCUUUGUAUUCUCAAGAAGUUCCUAGAGUCCUCAGCAGUCAUAUGCAGGAUUGAAUGGUCUUGUCUGCAAAAUGAGGCUCGCAAACCGACAUUAAUCGUAUAUCCAGAAGCUGGCAAUCUCCCUGGGUUUUUUAUUAGAAUAAUCCCUACAGCUGCAUCCUUAUUCAGUAUACCUAAGCUAAUUGCCAGACGGAAUAAUGUGCGAGCUUUGAACCAAGAAGGUGUUUCGUUACCAACACCCGUAUACAACAGCAGCAUUUUAGAGGACAUGUUUAUUGAAGAGUUUGGAGCACUAGUCAAAGAAAGUUUCCAUGAUUGGGAGGAACUUACAAAAGCUUUGGUUUUAAUGAAGGUUUGGGCACGCCAAAGAAGUUCCAUCUACAGCUAUGAUUGCUUGAAUGGUUAUAUUAUUGCUGUCAUAAUGUCUUAUCUUGCUGCAAAUAGGAGUGGUGGAAUGUUUAACAAGCUGAUGAACGCGAUGCAAAUUUUUCGUGUGACUUUAGACUUCAUUGCUAACUCAAAAUUGUGGGAGAAAUGCUUGAGUUUACAGUCCAAACAGACCUGCCAGCUCACAAAACAGGAGUUGAAAGAAAGGAAGCAGUUUUUGCAACGUUUUCCGGUAGUCAUUUGUGAUAAAUCUGCAAAUUACAAUUUGGCAUUUCGGAUAUCAAAGAGUAGCUUUCUAGAGCUUCAAGCGGAGGCUGCUUUGACACUUGAUUGUAUUCAGAAGUGUCCAGAUAAUGGAUUUGAAGAAGUAUUUCUGACCAAAUCUGAUUUUGCUGCCAAAUAUGACUAUUGUGUGAGGUUGAAUGUGAAGGGCAAUAGUGUUGUGAAAGCAUCAGGGUAUUGUGUUGACAACGAAUGUUGGAGGUUGUUUGAGGACAAGGUGUAUUCUCUUUUAUGCCAGGGUUUGAAUGAUAGAGCAAAGUUCAUCCGCGUCAUCUGGAAAAACUGUUACAGAAACUGUCGUAUUGAAGAUGGGUUCUCAUUGCUUGAUGUAGAACCAUUGCUCAUUGGUGUUGCUAUUAGUGGUCUGGACAAAGCACUUCGACUGGUUGAUAAAGGUCCUGAUCCAGAACAUAAAGAGGAGGUUGCCAAGUUUCGUAAGUUUUGGGGAGAAAAGUCUGAAUUUCGGAGAUUUAAUGAUGGUACCAUUGGAGAAUGCGUUGUGUGGCAGUACAAGCAGUGGGAAAGGCAUCUUAUUGUAAAAAGAAUUAUUGAGCAUGUAUUAUCACGACAUCUUUCUCUAUCAAUAGAUAAUGUAGUUGUUUGUGCGGAUCAGCUAGAUUUUUCCCUCUGUCAUGGUAGUACAGAUCCUAUAUCAUAUACUGGAGGCUUGCUUGAAGCAUAUGAAAAUUUGUCUAAGUGUUUGCGUACUUUGGAUGACAUUCCCUUGAGGGUAUCUAGCGUUCAACCUUUGGACUCAGCUUUCAGGCUCACUUCUGUUUUCCCUCCUGAGCCUCACCCGUUGGCUGGAGAAAAAGGAUCUUUUUUAAGAACAAUAAAGGUUGCUACAACUUGUGUUCAGCCAGUGGAAGUGUUGAUUCAGUUGGAAGGAUCAGGAAACUGGCCAAUGGAUGAAUUGGCAACUGAGAAGACUAAAUCUGCUUUUCUUCUAAAGAUCGGCGAAAGUCUUCAAAGUAAAUGGGGUGUCAGCUGCAUUGCUACCGAAGAUGAUGUUGAUGUAUUGCUUUCUGGAUAUGCUUUUCGGCUAAAAAUUUUACAUGAGAGGGGUCUGAGUUUGGUGCAAGGGCAGGGUUUUCAAGUCAAGCGGGUAUCUUCGAUAGACAAGAAACUUUUUAUGAGAAGUCAGCAUUCUAGCAUGAUUAAUGGUCUGCAGGGGCGGUUUCCAUUUUAUGGUCCUGUAGUCAGGAUUGCAAAGCGAUGGGCUGCUUCACACCUCUUUUCUGCUUGCCUAAGAAGUGAGGUUAUCGAGCUCUUAGUAGCUCACCUAUUUCUGAAUCCAUCACCAUUUUAUGCUGCUAACUCAAGGAUCACGGGUUUUUUGAGGUUUUUGAGAUUGUUGUCCGAGUAUGAUUGGAAGUUCUCUCCUAUGAUUAUUGAUAUAAAUGGGGACAUAACUGCUGAAAACAAGACAGAGAUCAAUGAAAACUUUGUGUCAAGUAGAAAAGGUCAGGAUGGAAUUACUAAUGAAGUAAGCCCUGCGAUAUUCUUGGCUACAACUUACGAUAAGUGUUCAGAAGCAUGGACAGCCUGUGCGCCAAAUUCCUUCGAGCUUAAAAGGUUGGUGGCUUAUGCUAAGAGUAGUGCUAAUUUGUUGACUAAACUCAUAGAGCAAGAUUAUGAUUCCAAUGGUUGGGAGUGUCUUUUCCGGACUCCUUUAAACAACUAUGAUGCAGUAGUUCUUCUGCACAGGGACCAAAUGGCAUAUCCACAUCGCCUCCUUUUCCCAUCUGAGGUCAAGGAAGGGACUUAUGUGGCCCGUGGAAAUUCUAGCAAGGAGUUUUCACCCAUCUUGAGACUCACGGAUGUGAAGGGAAGCUUAGAUGCACUGAAAAAGAAGUUAAUGGUCGACUUUGAUCCUCUACAAUGUUACCUUGUGGAUCUGCAGGGAGGGUUCCCCAACUCAUUCAAUCUGUGGUAUGAUUCUUUGGGUGGUGAUGCUAUUGGCAUAACAUGGGAUAAAUCUGUCUCAAAGAAACGAGACCGACAGGAAGAAAGCAAAGAUGCUAUUGAUAUCUUAAAAGCGGUCGGUGAAGCUGGGAAAGGAUUUGUGAGAAGUGUCCAUCUUCUCAAAACUCCUAGGCUUUGUAAUUAGGGACAUCCCCCUAAUUUAGAUCACCUUAUUGGAUAUAACUCGGGGUUCUAAUUUAUAGGAUAAAGGUUUAGUAUGGUAUAUUACUGCCGCACUUGCUGUUGUGGCUUGCAAUUUUGUUUCAGAAAAUGUUGCACUAGUAUUUAAGUCUCCAUUUUAGUAAACGGAUUGCAUUAAUUUUAUUAUUGUUAUUUUUUUUGAAGACGAAAUAAAUUGUAUUUACCAUGGUAAAUAUUGUAGGCUUUUUUUAGUUUUACCUUUACUUUUUUA